UGCCUGGGCCUGCUCAGCCCGAUCCCUCGAGCAUGUCCCGGCACCGUGCUGAGGAAGCAACAUGUGUAAUGAAGUCCAUAAACUGGACAAAAGCAGCGAGUGUCAGUGUCGUCAGAAGGAACGAAGGUCCUUGAAAAGGCGUGUUUUGGAUCGACCUUACACAAGUUUCCAGGCAAAAAGCCUCUUCUGCUGUCAGUAAAUCGGCCUUAUGAUCAGCGCUGCAAGAACUGUCCCUUUCCUGAGAAGGCUGCUGUGUAACAGACAUUGCUGAAAUGAAGAAACUUCUGCUCAUUGAUUUGGACUGUGGUGUGGAUGAUGCUCAAGCUCUAAUGAUGGCUCUAGCAUCUCCCAGUGUUGAAGUCCUGGGGAUUACUUGCUGUUAUGGAAACAGUGUGUUGGAAAAUACAUGCAGAAAUACACUCCGUGUUUUACAUGUUUGUCACAAACUUGAGAUUCCGGUUUAUCGUGGUGCAUCUGCCCCAAUACUUGGUGGACCUGUGCUGGGGGCAUUUUUUCAUGGAAAAGAUGGAUUGGGUGAUGUCCCAGAUCCCAGUGCUCCAGGAUUAGACCUUCUACAGGAAGAGCAUGCUGUGACUGCCAUAUUAAGAAUAGUCAACGAGCGACCGGGUCAGGUUUCUAUUGUUGCUACUGGUCCCUUGACAAAUUUAGCCCUAGCUGUGAAAAUGGACCCAUUGCUUCCUGAGAAACUUAAAAAUGUGUUCAUCAUGGGAGGGAAUACUGAAUCCAGGGGAAAUGUUACAGUCUGUGGAGAAUUCAAUUUUGCAACGGAUCCGGAAGCUGCUUACAUUGUCUUAAAUGAAUACAUUUGCCCAGUUUAUAUUGCAGCAUGGGAGUUUACAUGUUCCUGUCAACUUUCCUGGGAGUUCUAUGAUGAAUGGGUUAAUCAGAAUACCGAGAAAGCCCAGUUCAUGAAGAAAAUAUUUGCUCAUUCUGUAGAUAUCAUAAAGUCUUCCAGUAGCAAAGCAGGCAGGAAAGAAUGGAACUCAGGGUUUGUUUCUUGUGAUUCCUAUGCAAUGGCUGCUGCCAUAGAUGAGAGCUUUCUCACAGAAGUCACAGAAAUUGGUGUAAGUGUUGAGCUGAAUGGUUCAUUAACUAGAGGAAUGAUGAUCAUGGACUGGACUGACAAAUUGGAAAAGGAAAAUAAAGCUUUUGUAAUGAAAAGCUGUGAUCUUGGGAAGUUCCAGGCCCUUAUGAUGGCAGCUUUAAGAUAAAAAGAGCUAUUGAAGUCCCUUCCUCACUAUUCUUCUGCUCAUGUGGACAGUUUGAUUUUUAGCUAUGGCUACAUAUCAAACAUUAAACAGCUGAAACAGCAUCCUAUGUAAGGCAAGUGAAGUAGAAUCAUUUUCCUUGCUUCCCAUGAUGAAGAUGGAAACGAUCCUUUAACGUAGCUUUUGGCGAGCACAAACAGUGUACUGGUUUCUAGACUUUCAUGACAUUUCUCUUUGACAAAGAGCUGAUGGCACACACAGGGCUAAGCCAACUUCAGUGCCAAAGAAAGAGAAAAAAUACUAUUCUAGUAGGCAUUACCAGAACCACCAUACAGUUAGUACUAUCUCUUGAAUAAAAUCUAACGAUAUGCACCUGUGGAAGAUCCAAGCUAAAUGUAAACCACAGAGGGCGACUCCAUAGUACAUGAGUAAGCAUUUUGAUCGUUACUUAAGAGCCCUUGAAAGACAUGUUAUUUAAUACAUUGAAAUAGUUGCUUACCAAUUCAGUAUUAAUUUACCAACACAGAAUAAUAGCAUUUCAUAGUGCAUUAAAAUUCCUGUUAGAGCUACCAUUUCUGUUAACUUACCAAUUAAGUUCUGUAAGCUGAUUUCACAGAUAACCACAGCUAGGUUAAUUUACAGGAAACAGAGUGUUGUCAGUCCAUUCAAUAAACUACAUGAAUAUACCACGUCAAAACUGAUCAAUUAUAUCAAUGAAACAGAAGAAAGGCAAUGCUGUAAUCAUUUUGUUCAGAGGUGGAAUUAUUUUCUUAAUUAUUGGUGAAAUGAAGUACAUGGAUCUACAAGUAUACCUCGGGUCUUCAAUUAAUUGUAACAAAUAUUGGAUUAUUCAACGUGUGUGUGUGUGUAUAUGUACUUAAUAAAGAUGAAAUUUUAAGAA